AUAACACUUCCCAAGAAACACAUUUUUCCUUCCACUUCCUGGAGUUUCCCUGUCAUCAUUUCUUUAAGGUAAACUCCAAAAAUUCCUCAAAUGCUUCCCGACCCAUCACUUGAAAUCUAAAGUCCAAACCAAAAAAAAAAAAAGAACCUAGCUUAAGCCCAGUUCAAAUUAUACCUGAAAAUUCAAGAAGAGGAACUUCAUCAAUCAUAAUCUUCCCAUGCAAAAUUAUGGCUAUGGAGAAGAAGCAGCAGAAAUUCAUGAACAAGAAUGUUGUCCUUCACAAAAUGAUCAUUCUUUCCUUCAUAAACCUCCAUUGUUGUUGUGCUAUCAUUACCUCUGCUCUUAACAGGGAAGGUUUAUUGCUUCAGCAAGUGAAGCGGUCUUUAUCCGACCCGGCUGGCUCGUUGUCUUCUUGGUCGGACAGGGAUGCCACUCCAUGCAACUGGACUGGCAUUUCAUGUUCCCGGAAAGGCAGUUUUCCGUCGGUUAUCGGAGUAAACCUUUCCUCUGCUUCCCUUUCCGGCCCUUUUCCGGUUGCCUUUUGCCACCUUCCUUAUCUCUCUCUGCUUUCCCUUCCCAAUAAUUCCAUCAAUUCUUCCCUCCCUUUAACCAUUUCUCGCUGCCGGCGUUUGACCUUUCUUGAUCUCUCUUCCAAUUUUCUUGAGGGCCCAAUUCCUUCCACUCUUGCUGACCUCCCAAACCUCAGGCACCUUGAUCUGGAUGCGAAUUCUUUUUCCGGCGAAAUACCGGCGAGUUUUGGUAGAUUCCAGCGGCUUGAAAAUUUAAUUUUGUUCAGCAACCUUCUGAACGGGACAAUCCCAGCAUCACUGGGUAAUAUAACCAGUCUCAGAGUACUUCAGCUUGCUUACAAUCCAUUCUCACCGGGUCGGCUUCCUCCGGAACUGGGCAACUUGACCAACUUGGUUGAUUUCUGGUUAACUGACUGCAAUCUCUUUGGCCCGAUUCCGGACAGUUUUGCUAAGCUGAUUCGUCUCAUUAACUUCGAUGUGGCUAAUAAUCGUCUCUCUGGGUCGAUCCCGAGUUUCAUGUCACAAUUUAUCACCAUUGAGCAGAUUGAGCUGUUCAACAACUCGUUCACCGGAAACUUGCCGCCGGGAUGGGCGAAUUUAACCGAGUUGCAGCGAUUCGACGCUUCCAUGAACGGGUUGACCGGGCCGAUCCCUGAAGAACUGUGUGAGCUGCCUUUGGAGUCUCUGCAUUUGUAUGAUAAUCGGUUCCAGGGCAAACUCCCGGAAGGAAUUGCCAAGUCUCCCAAUCUGUACGAACUGAGGAUUUUCAACAACAGCCUGAGCGGGUCAUUGCCUAGUCAACUUGGGUUGAAUUCGGCUUUACAGCGUUUAGAUGUGUCAGGGAAUCGAUUUUCCGGGCCAAUCCCGGAGAAUUUGUGCGAGAAGGGACAACUGUUUGCGCUUCUGAUGAUCUCUAAUUCCUUCACCGGGAGUAUUCCGGCAAGUUUGGGUAAAUGUCGGAGUUUACAACGGGUUCGUUUAAAGGGUAAUCGUCUAACCGGUGAUGUUCCGGCAGAGUUUUGGGGGUUGCCAAAUGUUUACUUGCUGGAACUUGCCGGCAAUGGCUUAUCAGGAAACAUAUCAAGCUUGAUUCAAGUUGCACGAAAUUUGUCUUCCCUUUUAAUUUCAGGUAACAAUUUUUCUGGACCCUUGCCAGAAGAAAUUGGAAGGCUAGAAAAUUUAACUGUUUUGUCGGCUAGUCAUAAUCAAUUUAGUGGGAAAAUUCCUAGUUCGUUGUUUCAAUUGGAGCGGUUGACUAGAAUUGAUCUUGAGAAUAAUGAACUUUCUGGAGAAAUUCCCAGGGGAAGUUGGAAGUUGGAUCAGCUUUAUGAGAUCAAUUUAGCUCAGAAUAAGCUUUCGGGUGCUAUCCCGGAUGAAUUCGGCUUUUUGCCAGCCCUUAAUUAUCUGGACCUUUCCUCGAAUAAGUUUUCAGGGGACAUUCCUUCUGCGUUGCAGAAUUUGAAGCUUAAUAGGCUAAAUUUGUCAUCUAAUCAGUUAUCAGGGGCUAUACCUACACUUUUAGACAAGGAUAUCUAUAGGGAUAGUUUUUUGGACAAUGAAGGUCUGUGUGGUCGUUUCGCGGGUUCGUGUCAUGGUGAAAGUAGCGGUGGGAAGAAUAUUUUUCUGGUUUUGAGAUCACUUUGUUUUAUCAUCGCUAUCUGGUUGAUGUUAGUGCUUGUUUUCGUCGUUUGCAAGCUCAAAAAUAUGGAGGAGACUGAAACAGGAGUCAUGACCAAGUGGACAUCUUUCCAUAAGUUGGGAUUCGGUGAAUCUGAGAUAAUAAAUUGCAUCAAUGAGGACAGUGUGAUUGGAAGUGGUUCUUCUGGGAGAGUAUACAAGGCUGUUCUUCGCAAUGGUCAGGCAGUGGCGGUAAAGAAGCUCAGGGAAAGAUCAAAUAAAGAGUUUGAAACUGAAGUUCAAACAUUAGGGAAGAUCAGGCAUAAGAACAUUGUGAGAUUGUGGAGCAGUUGCACUGUCGGGAAUUGCAAUCUGUUGGUGUACGAGUACAUGCCAAAUGGGAGCUUAAGUGAUGUGUUGCAUGAUUGUAAGGGUAAAUUGUUAGAUUGGCCGACAAGGUUCAGAAUCGCUUUGGAUGCCGCUGAGGGACUUUCUUAUUUACAUCACGAUUGUGUUCCUCCAAUUGUGCACAGGGAUGUCAAGUCGAAGAAUAUUUUGUUGGAUGAAGAGUUCGGAGCCAAAAUUUCCGAUUUUGGAGUGGCCAAGAUCAUUAGAACAGCUAACAGGGAUCGCAUGUCAGUUGUUACUGGUUCCUACGGCUACAUUGCGCCAGAAUAUGCCUACACGUUGCGCGUGACUGAAAAGAGCGAUAUAUACAGCUUUGGGAUCGUUCUGCUGGAAUUAGUGACUGGCAGGCCGCCUGUCGAUGCAGAAAUGAAGGAAACAGAUUUGGCUACAUGGGUCCGCACCAAGUUGAGCCAGAAGGGAAUAGAUGACAUUAUUGAUCCCAGCAUUCCAUCCGUGUUCAAGGAACAGGUUUACCGGAUACUCGACAUCAGUCUACUUUGCACCAACCUUGUUCCUUUGAAUCGGCCCUCAAUGCGUAAGGUAGUGAAAAUGCUGCAAGAAUCAAGCCCGGAAUUCAACACAAAAAUUGCAGAAAAGGACAUUCUGCAACCCUCGUAAGAUUAUUUUACUCCGGUCAGAAUAGCAGAAUUUUAGAGUCUUUUUGCCCUGUGAAGCUAGCAAGAAACUGCACCAAGAUUAAGUUGUUACCUAAAGUAUCUAGUUUUGUUGUACCCAGUAGCUUUUUCUCCACAUUUUCAGCUGAGAUCAUAGUAAAAAAGCAUUGUGAAAUAUUUCAGUAAAUGACAGCGCUAACGGUUAAACUGUCCGUGAAUGAAUACCGGUAAUUUUA